AUGCGUGACAGUUACCGCCCGAACUUCGGGUAUGGUGGCCCACCGCCUCCCAUACCAGAGUCUGUGCGCGAGUCAAUGUUCGCCUUCGAUGGAGUUAGAAAGCCAGCCAACCCCCGCGGUCGCUACGGCCAGAACGGAAACAACAAGAAUCGUCAAUACGGGCCGAACUAUAGGUCUGCACGCAGAACUGCUUCACGUCCCCUUCUGAGCCAGGCACAUGGCGCUGGCGAGCAGAUGCUACGAGACCCUGCGGCCACCGAUAAGUUCCGCAGUGUGGAUGAACUCACCGAUAGCGAUGAGGAUGCCAUGUCAGAGUCAGAUGACGAAGAGCAGCCAGCGAAAAAGGUCAAGACUUCGGCUUCAGACAGCCCAGCUGCAGUUCCCGCCUCCAAAUGGUCAAACCCCGACCCGUACACAGCUCUGCCUCCCGCCGCCGAAGGUUCAGGCAAACGAACAGACGUCCUCAAAUUGAUUCGCAAGGCGAAGAUAUCGCAAGACAAAGACAGAACUGCUGUAACAGAGGCCGAAGACUUCAUCUCAUUCGACUUUGGGGAUGACUCACCCUUCGCCGCCCCCCAGCCACAGACGACCAGCACCGGACAGAUCGAUGGUUCUGCCGGCGAGCAUCUCGGCAAGCGAAAGCGUGGCCACGAUGAAGCCAUGCCUCGACCACCUGGCGGCUACCUACCCCCUGACAAGCUUGUCCUGCCAGAGUGGGCGCCGCUGGAGAAGUCCAGCGCGAUUCCCUGGUACGAACCACGAGCCGAUGGCGACCCGCCCGGCAUAGCCCUACACAAAGAGGUGAUUGAUUUUUACGAGUGGGUGAAGCCUCAGGAGUACGAACGAGAAGUUCGCGCAGAUGUCCUCCAGCGGCUGUCAUUUGCUUUCAAUCGUAUCGAACCUGGAGAGCUCAAAGCGUUUGGUUCCUAUGCUGCUGGCCUCUAUCUACCAGUGGGAGAUAUGGAUCUCGUCUAUUUCACUCGGUCCUUCAGACCUGGGAAUGUGGGAAAGAAUGGCAUCGCUUUCAAGCCACCGAAGAGAUUACUAGACCGAUUUGCCAGUCUUUUACGGAAUCAGAACAUUGCUCGUCCAGGAUCUGUUGUUGUCAUUCCGUUCGCCAAGGUUCCCAUCGUCAAGUUCAUCGAAGCACGCAGCGGGUUGAGGGUAGAUCUCUCAUUCGAUAACGACUCCGGCGUCAUUGCGAAUGAAACUUUUCAGACCUGGAAAGUGGAAUACCCUGCCAUGCCAGUCAUUGUGUCGGUCAUCAAACAGUUCCUCAUGAUCCGAGGCUUGAACGAUGUCGCUACCGGAGGGUUGGGCGGGUUCUCGAUUAUUUGUCUUGUGACCAGCCUCUUGCAGCACAUGCCGGGCGCUGACACCACAACCAACCUUGGUCAAUUGCUUGUUGAGUUCUUCAAUCUAUACGGAAAUUUGCUGGACCGCCAACAUGUGGCCAUCAGGAUGGAUCCACCAGGCUAUCUUGACAAGGAUCUCUACAAACCUCUACUAUUCAGCAACGAGAAGCGCAAUCGCCUGACUAUCAUUGACCCGAAUCGACCCGAGAACAACAUUUCUGGAGGGACACGUUUGAUCGAGGAAAUAUUCGACUCGUUCGCCCGGGCCUACGACAUAUUGCAGGAGCGCUUGACUUCAUUUGAAGAAGGCGACACCGAGAUAUGUUUCCUGGAAAACCUUGUUGGCGGCAAUUUCACGGCGUACGAGGAACAACGCGAGAAGCUUCGUAGUCUCUAUUUCGGUCUUACAGGCCGGGAAGCAGAAGAGCGAAAACCACCCGUCAAGACCAAGUCCACCCGAGGGCCGUCGAAAGUGGCCACCAAUGCCAAGUCGCUGCUGACGAUGGAUGAUGCCGAACCACAGAAGAAGCUUUCGAAGGCCGAGAACCGAGCAGCACGUCUGAAGGAUGCAAGACCCGAUCUUGCGAAGAAGCUUGGUGAAACAAUCUCAGUUGCAGAAGCAGUCCGAAUUGGCGGGUAUGCAGAUGGAACUGCUAUGCAUGUUGAAGUUGAGGCAGUGUUGCAGAAGAAGCUAAAGGAAAAGAACACUGCCGAGAAAGCUCGAAAGAAGAAGAAAAAGAAGAAGAGCAAGGCAUGA